UUCUACACAGUGGUGGCAGCCGGAGGCAGUUUUUUUAGCGGCUAGGCUUAGAUGUUCGCCGGUGCGGGGCGAGCGGGUUGUGUGGAGCGAGGACCCGCCUUGAGUCUCUCCUUCACGUGGCGGGACCUGUCGGAAGCGCUGAAGCAGGUAUUGUCUGAGGCAACAGAGCACAACAGUGAACAAACGGACAAAAUCUCCUGCUUAUAUACGACUACAGCUGAUGAUGUCUUUCAGUUUCAAUGUACUUAGAAUUGGCAUCUCUUUUGUCAUCAUGUGUAUUGUUUAUAAGGCAGCAGUCAACUCUCUACCAGAACUGAGUCCUCAGCAAUAUUUCAGUACCUUGCAAGCAGGAAAAGCCUCCUUAGCUUAUUUUUAUCAAGCUGAUUCUUCAGGUACUUCUAUAUUUCUUGAAGAACUGAGUAAGGCUGUUAAACCUCUCCAAGACUAUGGAAUUUCUGUUGCAAAGGUCAAUUGUAUCAAAGAAGAAAUAUCAAGAUACUGUGGAAAAGAAAAGGAUUUGAUGAAAGCAUAUUUAUUCAGGGGCAACAUACUACUCAGAGAAUUCCCUACUGAUACCUUGUUUGAUGUGAAUGCCAUCAUUGCUCAUGUUCUCUUUGCCCUACUUUUUAAUGAAGUAAAAUAUAUUACCACCCUGGAAAACCUUCAGAAUAUAGAAAAUGCUCUGAAAGGAAAAGCAAACAUUGUAUUUUCAUAUGUAAGAGCCAUUGGAACACCAGAGCACAGGGCAGUCAUGGAAGCUGCUUUUGUGUAUGGGAACACAUACCAAUUUGUCCUAACCACAGAAAUUGCCCUUUUGGAAAGUAUUGGAUUGGAGGAUAUACAAUAUGCACAUCUCUACUUUUUUCAUUGUAAACCAGUCUUGGACUUGACCCAGCAAUGUAGAAGAACACUAAUGGGGCAGCCAUUGACUACCCUGAACAUUUAUCGAUUUAUUAAGUCAGUGGAAGCACCACUUCUGACUGAAGUUGCCGAAGAUCCUCAACGAGUUUCAACUGUUCAUCUACAGCUAGGAUUACCACUGGUUUUUAUUGUCAGUCAACAAGCUACCUAUGAAGCUGAUAGAAGAACCGCAGAAUGGGUGGCUUGGCGUCUUCUGGGAAAAGCAGGAGUUCUGCUCUUGUUAAGGGACUCUUUGGAAGUGGACAUUCCUCAGCAAGCUAAUGUGGUCCUCAAAAGAGAAGAGGGAAUGCCAGUGGAAUUUUUGGUGUUACAUGAUGUUGAUUUAGUAAUAUCUCAUGUAGAAAAUAAUAUGGACAUUGAGGAAACAGGAGAAGAUGAAGAUGAUGACGUGGAAGGUCCAGAUAUGGGAAUUCAAGAUGAUGAAGUGGCAGAAAGUGUUUCCAGAGAUAGGAAGAGACAGUUACCUUUGGAACUCAUAUUGGAACUAACAGAAGAAACAUUUAAUGCAACAGUAAUGGCUUCUGACAGCAUAGUGCUUUUCUAUGCUGGUUGGCAGGCAGUAUCAAUGGCAUUUCUGCAUUCCUACACUGAUUUGGCAGUAAAAUUGAAAGGUGCAUCCCCUAUGCUGCUUACUAGAAUAAACUGUGCAGAUUGGCCUGAUAUAUGUAAUAAGCAAAAUGUGACUGAAUUUCCUGUUGUAAAGAUGUAUAAGGAAGGUGAAAACCCAGUAUCUUAUGGUGGUAUGUUAGGAACUGAAGAGCUCCUAAAAUUUAUCCAGCUCAACAGGAUUUCAUGUCCAGUGAACAUAACCUCUGUGCGAGAAGCAGAAGAAUAUUUAAGUGGCGGGUUAUAUGAAGACCUGAUUCUCUAUUCUAGUGUGUCGGCACUGGGACUGUUCAGUCCAACCAUGACAACAGCAAAAGAACAUUUCACUGAAGCAGGAAAAUUGCUUAAAGGAUAUGUUACCACUGGAAUUUAUUCUGAAGAAGAUGUUUCGAUACUGUCAAAUAAAUAUACUGCAACUCUUCCAGCCCUGCUGCUUGCCAGACAUAAAGAAGGCAAAGUAGAGAGCAUUCCAUUAGCUAACAUCCACACGCAAGAAAUGGCUCAGAUAAUAACAAAUGCAUUACUGGAAACAUUUCCAGAAAUCACUGUGGAAAACCUUCCCACUUACUUUAGGCUUCAGAAACCAUUACUUAUUUUAUUCAGUGAUGGCAGUGUAAACCCUCUGUAUCCAAGAGCAGUAUUGGCAGUGGUGAAAGAGAAACACCUGGAUUCAGUUAUCCCUUGCUGGUUAAAUCUAAGGAACACUCCUGUGGGGAGAAGAAUCUUGCAGGCCUAUUUUGAUGUUUUACCUCCCCUUCCUCUUCUUAUUGUGGUGAAUCUGCAUUCAGGUGGCCAAGUAUUUGCAUUUCCUUCAGACCAGGCUAUAACUGAACAGAACCUUUCAUUGUGGCUUAAGAAAUUAGAAGCAGGACUAGAACAUCCUAUCACAAUUUUACCUGCUCAGGAGUGGAAGCCUCCUCUUCCUGCUUACAAUUUUCUGCGUAUGAUGGAUGCUGCAGUGUCUCAACAUCCCACUGGGAAAGAUCCCGAGUGGAUGAAAGAAAGUGGUAUUCAGGAGAAUAAUAAGGAACAACAUGAAGAUAAAUCAGCAGUAAGGAAAGAACCAAUUAAAAUGAGAAUAAAGGACUGGGAGAGGAGUAAUGUAUUUAAAGCAGAAAAGUCAUUUAGGCAUGAUAAUAAAGAGUUAUGAUGCUCAGAUGUGAGCUAAUUUAAUAAGGCUGUGGAAAGCUUUCCAAAGUCUUCUUGUCUUGAUAGACUUAAGAAUUUUUUUCAUUAAAAAUACUAAAUUAUUUCAAGCUUCUAAACAAGUACUUUUCAACAGAAAUAUAAUGUGAGCCAUAUAUGUAAUUUAGAAUUUUCUAGUAGCCACAGGUGAAAUUAAUUUUAAUAAUAUAUUUCACAAAGUAUACCCAAAAUAGUUCAGUUUACAUAAAAAUGAGAUAUUUUUUAUUUUUUUCAUAUCAAGUGCAUAUUUUAUACUUACUGCACAUCUCACUUUGGAGUAGCCACAUUUCAAGUGCUCGGCAGCAACAUGUGGCUGGUAACUACUGUAUUGGACAGCUCAGCUCUGGACAAAAACUGGUAUAAUUAAUUUACUUUAGUUCCAGCCUGUUACAUUUUGAACUAAAAUAUAAAUGUAACUCUAGUUUAAUCACAGAUGACUCCACAAUGGAAUCGUAUAGCUGGCAGUUGUAUUUGUUUGCUAUCAAGAUGUUAAAAUUAGUGUUUCUUAACCAGGGAGCAAUUUUGCCCCCUAGGGGAUUUUUGACAACAUCAAGAGACAUUUUUGAUUAGGGGUAUUACCAACAUCUAGUGAGUAGAGGCCAGGGAUGCUGCUAAACACCCUGUAACACAUUGGACAGCCUCCCACAACAAGGGAUUAUCCUGUCCAUGUGUCAGUAAUGCCAAGGUUGAGUAACCCUGUGAUAAACUAACCAGUGGCAGAGUGGGCUGCUUGAAAUUUCUGGUACUCAGUGUUUCAAAAAAUCUUGGAUAUUAAAUAUUGGGUGGUCUCAUCUUGAUUAUUAUCUGGACACAACCUUUUGUUAUAAGUUCUUUCUAUAACAUUU